GGUUGAGCACCAGUCGAAAGAGAGAAAGACAUGACAGCAGCUGUAAACUGGAAUUAGUCUUAUGAACGGUGGUGAAUCGAGUUGCGUUUGCAGCGUUGACUGAAGAACUAACGAUGUGGUGGGGUAAGGUCUUCUGCCACAGGGCCCUACUUAUCCUGAGCCUGUGGCUGUCUGUCCAAGCUGUGCCCAUCGCAGUUGACAAAACCAAAGUCAACCCCCCAGAGGAGAAACUGGAGGCCCCACAGAGUGCGGACACAGGCCUGCACUAUGACCGCUACCUCAGGGAAGUCAUCGACUUUCUAGAGAAGGACCAGCAUUUCAGAGAGAAGCUCCACAACACAGAUAUGGAGGACAUAAAGCUAGGCAAGCUUGCCAAAGAGUUGGACUUUGUCAGCCAUCAUGUGAGGACCAAGCUGGAUGAACUGAAGAGGCAGGAGGUGAACAGACUCCGAAUGCUGAUCAAAGCCAAACAGGACGCCGAGGGAAGGAAUGCAGACAUAAAUAUUGACCACCAAUCCCUGCUCAAGCAGUUUGAGUACCUCAACCACAUGAAUCCUCAUACCUUUGAGGUGGAGGACCUGGAUCGUCUGAUUAAAUCGGCUACCAAUGACCUUGAGAACUUUGACAAGGAACGCCACGAGGAGUUCAAGAGGUAUGAAAUGACGAAGGAGCACGAGCGUAGAGAACGUCUGAAGUCCCUUGAUGAUGAGCAGCGCAAGAGGGAGGAGGAGCAUUACGAGGAGAUGAAGAAGAAACACGCAGACCAUCCUAAAGUCAACCAUCCUGGGAGUCAGGAUCAGCUGAAAGAGGUUUGGCAAGAGGCUGACGGUUUGGAUCCAGAUGACUUCGACCCCAAGACCUUCUUCAAAUUACAUGACACUAAUGGAGAUGGCUUCUUUGAUGAACAGGAGCUUGAAGCCUUGUUCAAUAAAGAGCUAGAAAAGAUCUACAACCCCAAUCAAGAGGAGGAUGACAUGAUUGAGAUGGAAGAGGAGAGACUGCGCAUGAGAGAACAUGUCAUGAAUGAGGUGGAUACCAACAAAGACAGACUGGUCUCCAUGAAUGAGUUCAUGGUGGCCACCAAUAAGAAGGAGUUCUUGGAGCCAGACAGCUGGGAGACUUUAGAUCAGAACCCCACAUACACGGAAGAGGAAAUGCGGGAGUUUGAGGCGCACCUGGCCCGUGAGGAGAGUGAUCUCAAUGAGAAGAAUGCCAACUUGCAGAAACAGAAGGAGGAGCUAGAGAAACAGCAAGUGCAGCUCAACGCCCAAAAGAUAGAGCUGCAGCAGGCAGUAGAACACAUGGAAAGAAUAAAAUCUCAAAAUGCAGAUGCUCCAGUUGAAGUCCAUGGUGGAGCAGCCGUAGUAGCGCCCCCUGGAGGGAACGGGAUGCCAGUAUUACCAGGAGACAGCCAACCUCUACCCCCUGGUCACCAACAAGACUUACAAGCACAUUCUUAGCAGGCCUCUUACACAUGUUUGUUUGUAUGAGUGUGUUUGUGUGUCCAUGUGCUUGCAUCUGUACGAGUGGAUCUCGCAAUGAGUUGGGCAUUUUUCAUUUAGUUUUAUUGUUUCUAGGUUGGAAAACAUGCACCUAAAGCUUUUUUUAAGCAGCCAAUGCAAACUGAACUUUUCAACCCACUCCUAAAUCAUAACAUACCAUAGCAGGCUGGAGUAGCUGCUUAACCAACCCAACAUGAUUUGAAAGAAUCAAUGAAACAGACAAAUCUGUGGACUUUUAUUAUUUUUAUUUUUUUGUCACAACCAGUGUGCUUUCCUUAAUGGAGACUGCACUGGGGAAAUGGUGAAGAAAUUAGUAAUUUGGUGUUUAUAUAUACCGUUGUUACUUAAGUAACUUGUAAGUGUAUUUAUUUUUGAAAUUUUGAUUUUAGGUUUGGGAGUGUGGGGACAGGUCCAGGAAUUAUAUCUAUGCUGCUAGAUAAUAUGGGUACCUAGAUUGGGUCAAAGCUAUAUUAAACAGGCACUGUUGUGUUUAGUUGGUUAUGCCUUGUUUAAGUUGAGGCACAAUAUUCUGUUUCGUUGUGAGUUUUUGUCUAUUCAUCACAAAGAUGAGUAUUCACUCACCACACAUUCUGCCACUCUUUUUCUUGGGAGAUACUGCAGUCAAGUUGACUGUAUAUUUCACAUUGAUGAAUUGUUCAAUAUUAAUAACAGUACACAUUGCCUUCCUGUGAUGAUUGACAUGGGCAAUGAAGAUUGGUUACAGAAGUGCUUGAAUGUUCUUUUUUUUUUUGUAUCUAUUGUAAUAUCCUUUGUUCAUUGUGAUUGUCAAUAUACUAUGUAUGUUUGAUUGUAAAAGUAAAGGACUAAAUUCAC